AGAAAGACGGGGAUAUGGUCAGUAUUGUCAGCUUCAAGUACUCCUGCAUCAGGUGGAUUCAGAAGAUUAGACAAUGCAUGAUCGUUUAGAGUGCUAGAACCCGAACAACUGAACGAGUAGGGAUAAGACUUUCAUAACAAAAACCAUGAAAACAAGACGAAUAACUGACGGAGCACGUGGAUGACUCCAUUAAGUUUAUAUUCAUCCCAUAAUUAUGACAUUUUUGUUCUCCGUGGAUAACUUUGACAUUGCUUUUUCGCGAGAAAUACAAAAAUCUGGAGCUGAGAAAGAAGGUGAAUGGUAAACGCAACUAAAGAUGAAAUUUCUAUUAUCGGUGUUGAGAAAAUUAGGAUCGAAUUCCAACCAAAUUGAUUCGCAGUUUUGAAUACUUAACGUGAGGUCGAGUCUCUGUUUAUACGGGAUUCCAUAAUACACUUACGGUUAGUGUCCAAAUAAAUCAUUAUACAGAAGCUUUGUCCAGCCGAUGAUGCCCGGAAGGAUGAUUCGCUUGAAGAUUAAUUCAGUUGCCGCCGAUAUAUGGCUGGCCAUUUACUUUUUGUUCGCUGCGAGGCACACCCCCCUACUGAAGGACGUUACCCGAUGGUGGCGCCCGUCUUUCACUGUUGUCCGUCGAGCUUCCCCCCGGAGGUGCGAAAAACAAGCGCGCACCCGGUAGUCACAUUCUUGGUAGCCAGCACACCUUCUUCGCUCGCGUGAGCCGCCGUGAUUGAAAAGAGGAAGAAGGGAGCGCGCUCGUCGGGGGUGCGCGUCCAGCUAGCACGUCGGCUUGUUUUCCCCCGCCGCUGUCUCCCUCGUCAUCGUUGUGCGCAAGCGCGCGCGGAACGAGUCUGCCGUCUCUCGGUGGUCGCCCAGGCACGAGCGGUCCAAACAGGUUGCACUGCAGAAGGCUGACCACGGGGCGCCGUCUUCCGCCCCACGCAGUGGUGACGGAGCGGCCGACAAGUGGCGAAAAGUCGGCGGCGGUACCGCCAGGUGGCGGCGAUGAGCGGCACGACCAGGCUGCUCGCACUGUGCCUCCUGUCGAGCGCCGUGCGCGGCGCGCCCAAGCCGCAGCCGACAGCCCUGGAAGGCCUGGUCGCUGCGCGGGACGUGCUGUCCACCCUCGAGACGACGACGCUGCAGAAUGUGGGACUCCAAGACCGCACAUUCCGCGUCGGCCUCGGCGCGUUCAGUGGCGAAGCCACUCUCUCCAACGGCACUCUGCGCAGUGUCUCCGGUGUGCGGGCCGUCAACCUGACGCCAGCCGAUGGCGCCGAGUCUUCGGUCGUCCGUGCCGACUUGCCCCUGAGCAAGAUGGUCAUUCACUACAACGCCAACGUUACGUUCAACUCGCGCAGCGAACUGGCCGGAAUGGACGUCGAGGUCGACUCCCUCGAGCUCGUCGUCGAGCUGAGCCACGAGGGCAAGGGCCAGCUGGAGCUGCAGUCCGUCGAGGCCCGCGACAUGGCCGAGAUGCGUGUGCGGUUCAGCGGACUCCGCGUGUUCCAGGCACAGAGCGACCUGCUUUCGUUGCUCUUCCGCGGUGCGUUUCGCUUCGACAUCGAGGACGAGGUGGUGGCCAUCUUCGAGGACAUUUUGCGCGAGCUCGUCGACACCCAUAACGUCAACAACCUGUGAUACACGUACAUUGCCGCUCGUGGCGAAGGUCAGUUGGGCGGUGAGAUCUUCUUGGCAGACAAUGUCGCGUUCCUACCGCGAUGCUGGUCAUGUGCUGAUUGCAGCUUCGGUCAUAAUCGCAACCAUUAAGGCGAUUCUCAUUGGUCUCUUUCAUAUGAGACGCCCCGUUCAUAAAAGUGGAUAUACCUGGCUAAUCAAUGUUGUUUACCUUCACUUCAUAUUUCGUAUAUUCUAAUGAGCAUACUAUCAGGCAGUUUAUGCCUGAUAAUAUGCUGCUAGUGUGAAACUUGUUCUUUGGUUAAGAAACGUGACUUCGUACCUGCCGUAUACCUAGUGCAAUCCUUUGCACUUUUGCGUCCUGAAAAGAAACGUCUGUGCGUGUGGUACAAGGCGUACUGUAAGACAAAGUGGGCUCGCUUUCUUCGCUGUUCUCUCAUACAGAUGCACUCAGCGCACUUUUGGGUCCGCGCAGGAUCAGUCGCUGUCGUACAGCUGUGAUUUACGACUUGUUAGUCGUAAAUUGCCCCCGCCCCCACUACAUGAGCUUACUUUCACGUGUCUGUGCAGCUAUCAAUAAGUCUUCUGUUGCAAUAUUUUCAGUCUGACUUUGAGUUAGCAUGACAGCGCGCUACUCAUAACGCGGUGAUUGCCACAAGGUUAGAGCCUUCGUGAAAGGAAUGAUUUCGUGCAAACUUUUUUCUUCUGUCAGCGUAACCUUUUUGGCGUUUAACCUGCCCAAACCAUGACUUUGCCAGUCCGUCUUCUUGCAGUUCGCGUGACCUUACAGGAAUGAGUUAAUUCGCACAUAGAGUACCGGGCAGUAAAACAUUUGGGUAGUUUCUCCCGAUGGGUGAAGCAUUAAAAGCGGUCGCAACGGCUAGCGUUGCGCUGAAGCUCAACAGAAUGUGUCCACGGGGCGACAUGGCUUCUGCGCUGCAAAAACAGCGCCAUUGCAGCUAUCAGGCGUCUCAUUACGUUGGCGCGAUAAACUGAGACGAGGACUAAGAGAUGUGGGCGGUUUUGUAAAACGCAAUCUUCAUAUGGCGCCAGCAAACCAUUGAAGGUACCUAAAAAAAUAACUUCGCCACCAUUUUAUAGUAUAAAGUGAUGCCCGUGCCCUGGUUAUCCCUGGCAGAAGUUAUUUAGCCCUGACUCAAAGCGAAACUACUAGUUCACUCUAACGUAACAUUCAGUGGCAUUGCUCGUGGAUCUGUCGCUGGUACAAGACGGAUGGCGUCGCAUGUCCAACAUGCGAUGUCACUGCCCGGCUCACAUGAGAGAGAUUUACUAGUGUGCUAUUUCUUCGUUCGUUACCCUUUCCUUUCUGCGAGAACCCGUGUAGUAUUAUGUUAUACCCAUUCAAGAAGCUGUUAUGAACAAUUUGUUACGGUUAUGGGGGCAGAAAUGUUUUUUAACGAGCGCUUCUAGUCGCUCAUUUCGUUCGGUACCUUGCGAAUCUUUCGCACGCAACCAAUAUAAGCUCAUGUUGUUGUUGACAAUGCAGCACAAUUAUUCAUACGAAAGGUGUAUUUCUAUUGGAACAUAAUGCAGCCUCCAGAAAACUAUAAUAUGUGGUAAUACUGAAACCUGCAUAUUGAGAACGAUAUGUACAGUUUGUUUCAUAUUACAAAGGAAUUCAAAACAGUGACCUAAAAUAUGUGUUUAGAAGUAUUUUGGAUUGAAAAGUUUCAAAAAGCGAAAUUCGUCAGUGCAGCUUUUGUUCUUUCAUUCAUACUCUGCCAUAUACCUGCCCUGAAUAGACAGAUAUUUAAUCUAUUUACCGCGUACCAGUCGUUGUUGAGAUCUCUGCAUUCAUUCUAAUAAGCAUUGCAAAUAUAUCGACGUUGUUCAUUCAAAAUUCCGUCGCUUGCAAACAUCACAGCAUUAGCGCUGGAUGCAAAUUUGUUUCUUGUCUAAAUGAACAUUACCUCUUCAAGCCAUUCUUUCCUCGUGCACUUUAUCCCGUUGUUUUUCCAGCUGCACAACCUAAGCACCGAAGGCGGUUCCUGUACGCGGAAAAUGUAUAUGUAGACUGUGACUGCAGCUCAACAAAGCACAAGGCUUUGGCGUCGGCGGGACCGUCUUCGUAUGUCUGAAAAAACGUCCCCAGUGGCAGCGAUGCGCGAGGUGGUAGCUGGCUAAGACGUUGCGCAUGUCACCAGUAGAGCAAAGCGCUUUUUUGCCAAGCUUCUUUUGAAGCCACUUACAACAAUGAUGUCACGCGUUGACACUUUUUUUUGUUUUGUUUUGUUUCUCUGUGUGUCUGCGUGGUCGCGAAAGUGCCGAAUCAAGUUUUAGUGAUAUAACUUUUUUUAAGUGUGUGCAUGGUGAUUGGGUGUUUAUUUAUCAAAAGUUAAUAUAAGGUACGCAUACGCUGUUUCUACCCCAUAUCUCCAAACAUUCUUUUUUAUUGCGUAUAUCAAGCGUAUCAAAUAAAGACUUCACUGUGAUAUUUAUA